UGUGUCACUCCAGAUCGGCUGGUGGCGGUAAUGCACCAAAGACAGCCAACACAACUCAUGAAGAAAAACCAGGCUCGCGGCAGAUCUCAGGUCAGCUGCUAAACUACAAUUACCCGAGUGUGCACGUCAUCAGUUCAAGAGCGCGUGAGUGCGGUGCAUUUAAAGCGAACGGUGGCAAUGGAAAGACAUUUUUACAUUGUUAUCAUCUGUGCAUUGGUGUCUUUGCACCUCCGGUUAGUCCAAGCAGCCAGACAGGGUCAAGACAUAAAAUGUGGAGCAUGCAGAGCAUUAGUGGAUGAAAUGGAGUGGGCCAUAUCACAAACCGAUCCCAAGAAAAUGAUUCAGACCGGAUCAUUUAGGAUUAAUCCUGAUGGCAGUCAGUCAGUAAGAGAGGUCCCCUUUUCCCGCUCUGAGAGUCAUCUGCUGGAACUGAUGGAAGAGGUUUGUGAGAAGAUGAACGAUUACGGUGAACGGGUUGACCCUGCCACCAACCGGAAGACAUACGUGAGACAUGCAUCCCGUGAUGGCACUGCCAUGGACCUUUCUGAUGUGGCCUUUGACUCCAGAGUCAGCUCUAGUUUAAAGUUUGCUUGUGAAACAAUCGUUGAGCAGCAUGAGGAUGAACUUAUUGAAUUCUUUGCUCAUGAGACGGACAACGUUAAAGACAAGCUCUGCAGUAAGAGGACAGAUCUCUGUGACCAUGCCUUGAAGAUACCUCAUGAUGAGUUAUAACAUGAGCCGAGCACAUCAUGACCGCUUUACCACUGGAAAACAAUGCGUUCACCUGUUCAACUUCAGACUGAUUCUCUUACUUGAGGACGCUGAACAUACAGAGAUCUAUUUAAGUGAUGUUAGGCAAAGCAUUACAAAUGUACUUGACCCUAUGGGUUCACUGUUCAACUAACGGCGUUACCAUCAAAACUGUUUAUUGUCAUUAAUUAAUUAAAGCUGACUUUCUACAGCUAAAAACGAGAUCUCUAUGAGUCUCUCCAAUGGCAUACUUUUAUAUUAAAAUGUCUUUGGAUGCACUUAGUUUUUAGUUUAGAAGAUAACUUGCAGUGUAUUUAUUGUAAGCACAGAUGGCACGCAUUUGGAGUUCCUGGUUCUAGUAGUGAUGAUGUGUCUGGAUGUUUUUUCAGAUCAUGAAUUUGAUCAGAUUACUAGUCCUUAAA